AUGGACGUCGACAUCUCCGACAUCCUCGCCUCGGUGUCGCGCCCUGUGCCAGCGGCCCGCUACGACCCCACCACCCCUUCAACCCCCUACUACGACGACAACACCGCCUUCACGGACCACCAGCUCCUCACUCGCGCCUGGACCUCCGAGCGCUGCGCGCCCGACCUGCUGCCUUACCCGACCGAGCUCCUGGGCCGCGUCAUGGAGCGCGUGCAGGCGCAGAUCGCGCGCAUCGAGGACCUGGCUGCUGGUGCGGGAGUCGGCGACGGGAGCUCCAAUGGCGGUGUGGGGAAUGUGAAUCUGGUGCUGAGUAUCCUGCAGACGGACCUGAGCAGGACGCAGUUCCUGGUCAGGAGUUUGCUGAGGCAGCGGUUGUCGAAACUUACGCGGUUUGCGGGGUAUUAUACCUCUGUGCUGGACGCGGAUCGGAAGGACGAUGUUGUGGCCCGGGAAGCUGGCCGGGCUGCUGCUGGUGGAUUGCUGAGUGGCACGGAAGCGCAGUUUCUGCGGGGGCAUCAGGCGCUGCUGAAGGGGUUCUAUGAGGGGAGUUUCCUCACGGGCUUUCCGCAGAAGUUGAGGAGGUUGGAUGAUGGUGGGACGGGUGAGGGCGGAAUGCAGGAAGGGCCGGAUCUGUUGCAGGUCGUGGUGGUGAGGUGUCUGGGGGAGAGGUGGGGGAAUGAGGAGCGGGUUGAUGCGGGUGAGGAAGGGGUGAGUACAGUGCUGGAGAUGGAGAGGGGGCAGGUUUGGGUUGUGCGGUGGGGGGAUGUUAGGGGUGGUGUUGGAGAGGGAGCGCUGGAAGUUCUGUAG